GUAUAGCGCCAAUUAAAGUAUCAAUUAAAAAAGUACGUAGAUUUGUAAAAGCUAUUACAUCAUCAUCCACAAUUGCUCAAGAUUUUAAGGAAAUUGAACAGUCAGUUGGUGAAGGUGAGGUAGUUCGCAAAAUUCCCCAGGAUAUAUCAACUAGAUGGAAUAGUACCUACCUUAUAUUAUCAGUUUAUAUGUCUAUGUCUACGUUGAUAGCAGCAGUUAUGAGACAUCAUAGUAAUCUUGUCUAUUAUAGGCUUAGUCAAGAAGAAGAUUCUGAUCUUCAAGCUGAGUAUUCAGAGUCUGGAUUAAAUAAUUUGCCUACUAAUAUGACUUCAAAUUCUGGGAAAGUAUUAAAUUCAAUGACAUGUGUUGAAAAAAAUGAGGCUACUUUACCAAUGAACAUUAAUCCUUUGAAAUGGUGGAAACUUAACAGUUUUCAUUUUCCACAAAUGGCCAAAGAUUUUCUUGCAAUCCAGACGACAUCAGUGCCUUCUGAACAAAUAUUCUCGAAAGCAGGUGAUACUAUCCAGGCUAAACGUGCACGUCUUUCUGAAAAAAGCAUACAAUCAUUGAUGUGUACUGGCUCAUGGUUGGAACAUGGCAUUAAAUUUCAUAAGGAUUGA